AACCGUACGACGCAUAUCAACUGGUGGAACUUCCUAUUUAGAUUAUCAACGAUCCGAGGCAAGACUCUUCUUCAAACUCCAUUUGCCAGUUCAGCUUUUGAAGCAGCAGUUGGACAUGGAUGCUAUGAUGGAUGAAGACUUCCAAUAUGAGAGUUUAGAGGAUAUUCCCGAGGACGUCUUAUAUCGGAUGAUGCAGCAGUAUCAAGAUGAGUACGAAGGAGAUUUCAACUUUGGGGAUUCACAGCCGCCUCCCUUCUCAUAUGCAGGGCAUCUUGAGAACUGCUUCUUGCCAACAUUGACUCAAGGAAUUCAGAUCAUCACGCCCUUGGUGCUUGUGUGUUUGACAAUGAGAACCGUUUCAUUUACAGGUUUACCUGCAACCAUCUACCAUCUACUGUCCAUGACUGCCGGCCUGACUGCCCUGUCUUACUUCUUUGAGAAUCUGAUCAUCCAGAUUGUUGCUCUUAGUCUUCUUGGUUAUUUCUUGCUACAAGUAGCGCACACACUCGGUGCAACCAGUAAAGGACCUUUCACCUCCGUUGUUUUUGUGUCUCUGCUGGUUGCUUGGGAGUUGACUAUUGCAGAUCCAGUUGAAUGGAAUAGAAUAAGAGGAGCGCAGAUGAUCUUGGUGAUGAAGAUUAUCUCCUUGGCCUUUGACCUUGAUCAAGGGGUCGUUUCCGAGUUGCCAGAUUUCAUGGCGUACCUAGGCUACACCUUUAACAUCGGAACUGUUAUAUUCGGGCCCUGGAUUAGCUACUCUAGUUAUAUCAGUCUGCUUCAACCUGGUGAUAUUGAUAUACGAUGGAUUCUAACAUCGCUAUUCAAGUACAUCCAAUCACUACUGUGUCUCUUGAUAUCAACGUGUGUUGCCUCAAUUUUGUUUAUUGACUCCGACCAAAAAUGGCUCGAUGCGUACAAAGAUGCUAUGGGAUUCCGAUUCAGUCAUUACUUUGUUAGUUUCGUGUCUGAGUGUACUGCAAUAUCAUCUGGUCUCCGCACCCCACAGGAAGGGGGGAAUAAAUACUGGGAAUUGAGUGUUGCAAGACCCUGGCAUAUUGAGUUACCCCGCUCUCUGGUUCAAGUUGUCACCAAUUGGAAUCUACCGAUGCACAUGUGGCUGAAAACAUAUGUAUUUAAGACGAGUCGUAAAUUUGGUAACUUUGCGGCAGUGCUACUGACCUACGCUGCUAGCUCCCUACUGCAUGGACUGAAUUUUCAGUUAGCUAGUGUGCUCCUAUCAUUGGGAUUGUAUUCUUACAUUGAGCAUGUUCUUCGUCAGAGGUUAGCGAUUACAUUCAACGCUUGUAUUCUUGCCAGGAAGUGUAAACCCGACUGCCAGCAUUCACAUAAAAGUAACACACCUCUAGUUGCUCUAACCAAUUUAGGAUUCAGUCUGCUGGCAAUAUUUCAUCUGGCAUACCUUGGUGUCAUGUUCAACUCGGAUUCAGAAAUUGAAGAACAGGGUUAUGGUAUGGGGCACACCUUGAGCAAAUGGUCCAACCUGAACUACGCCAGUCACUACGUAGCAGCCGGUACAUACGUCUUCUAUUGGCUUAUCAAAUAAUGCCAAUUCGAGAAGUUGAGAUUGACAUUUCUGAAGGGUUGGUGUUCAAUCGCGAAUGCUGUGGCCAGAGAUGCGGUUGGUACCUGCAUGGGUGGUAUCUCGGGACUGGAAUUUCAUCUUUGAUCAUGUUGAAAAGAGCAUUUUCAUUGGAAAAUCUUAACGUCAAUGGGAAACUUUUG